CAUGUUUCCUUACAGAUUGUCAAAAUCAAAGUGAGAAGUCAUCUGUUCUAAAUCAAACGGGUGUAAUUUAGAAUGGACUCGAGUUCCGAUCACAUCGAUUGUGAAUGCAGUUUAUUGAAGAAUAGUUCCGAUGAAAGCGACUUCCAAUGUUCAAUUGGAAAAAAGUUCUUGCUGAGCAAAUCUUUGCAAAUGGAUUUAAAAGAAAGAUAUCCCAAUGUGUUAGAGUUAAUCAAGACCCUUCGUAAAUAUAUUGAACAGCAGCAAAAGAAGAUUAGUAAAUUAAAAGUGAAAUUAUGUAAAAAAGUAGAAACAAGAAAUGUGGCUAUUCAAACGAAUCUUGAUCAAGACCACCAAAAUGCUGAAAAGUCUGUUUCUGAAGAAAUUACGGAAGCUGCCGAAAUGGCAAUGCAAAGUACUGGAUUUGUAUACGAAGAAACUUCUGGUUUGUACUACGACUACAAUUCUGGAUAUUAUUAUAAUGCGGAACUCGGCUUAUAUUACGAUGGAAAUUCGGGGACAUAUAUGACGUACAAUACUGAAACUGAAACCUACGAGUAUCAUUCUCAGGUACCGAUUGCUACAAAAAAGUGGGAUGAAGUAGUGAAUAAACCUAUAAGGAGCAAAAGAAAGAAGAAAACUAAAAAAAAAGGUACCAAGAGGGAUCGAUCAGAUUAUAGUACAGAAAACGCCGAAUUAGAAGAAGGAGAAUGUUCGGACAGUAGUGUUAGCGGUACAUCCCAAGAUAACGUAGACGAAACAAAUUUAUCCGAGCAUGCCGACAUAUCAAACGCAUGGCCUCCGUGUAUACGAAUUGUGGUGAAAAGUACAGACGUUGCCAAACUAACAGCCGGAACUUUAUACAUUAUAACUUACCAAGGUGGUACGCUGGGCAGAGAAGGGGAUCACGCAGUCCUCAUCCCAGACAUUAGUAUCAGCAAGCAUCAUUUGAAAUUCACCUUUGAUAAUGACCUAAAUACGUACACAGUCACUGAUUUGGGCUCCAGAAACGGCACAUUAUUAAACGGAAAGAGAAUGUCUGCCUGCAAACAAGAAAGCGAACCAGUACCUUUAAAGCAUGGAAACGAAAUUCAGAUUGGCUCAACGGUUUUACUUUGCCACAUACAUAGCAGUAACGAAACGUGUAAUCAGUGCGAACCCGGGUUGCUCCAGUCUAAAACUGAUGAGAAGGAAAAAAUUGUAUCAUCGUCUAAAAGUGAGCAGCACAAGAGCGAGCUUCGAAAGUUACGCAAGAAGUUUGCUGUUAAUUGGUCCGAAUCAAAUAAUUGUAAUUUGGCGUCCGGGUACACAGAUAGGGCUCAAGUAAGACGUGACACGAUUGGAAGUCACAAUGAACACGAAAAAACCCAAGUGGCUUCCAUUGACGAAUCAAUUGGAGCGGAAAAUAAAGGAUUUAAACUAUUGUCAAAAAUGGGAUGGAAAGCGGGUCAAUCGUUAGGAAAAGAGGGCACAGGACUGAUUAAUCCGGUGGAACUGACUACAACUGUCGGUAGGGCUGGUAUGGGAUUCACAAACACUACAUUAUUGAACGUAGAGACGAAGGUUGAGAAUAACAAAAAGUGGGAAAAAAUGCAAGAACGUUAUAAUCAAUUGAAAACGCCUUCGGAGGAUGUCUUUGAUUUAGAUUAAAUAGCAUGUUUAUUUAUUAUUGUACCAUUUUGUAAUGUAAGUUGUUAAUAUAUUUUUUUGCAAAUUUUUA